ACAGAGAGAGAGAGAGAGAGAGAGAGAGAGAGAGAGAGAGCAACGACUGCCACAAGGGACAAACGCUCUGGGAGGCCGAUGAAGACUGUUUUCUGGACCGCGGCUGCGCUCUGGGCAUUGCUAAAUAUGGCAAUAUAUACAAGCGAAGCUGAGCAGGAACGGAGUCUUGAGGAAGGGCAGGGAAGAGGGAUAGGAGGAGAUAGUAGUAAGGAUGUCGUACUACUCAAAACUAUUAGGGAGACGAUGGCCACCGUGUCUUUGACGCGCGAAGAAGGGCUGAGGUUGCUGCAGCAAGUUGAAGUUGAUGGGCAGACCGACGUGGAGGAGGUGAAGGUGUAUACAGGAGCAGCGUUACGGUCACAAAUGUUAAGGAGAGCGAAUCCGGGUUCGUCAUCACGAAUCCUGAUUCGCGUGAUGAAUGACGUAUCACUAGAACGAGUUACUGAAGAGGGGACAAUGGAUCCGAACCUUGAUCUGACGAUCAGAGGCGAAUGCGCCAACAGCAGGUGCAUCGUGGACGGCGGGACGGAUUCGGAUCUCGAUUUAACGUACAACGGCACGUCUGGAUGGGGGUCUCUUGCUUUCUAUGACAUGGAGUUUAACGCUAUGACGUUUAUAUUUAUAAAUGUCAAGGUAGAGCUUCACAACUGCGUGGUGCGUAGGUGCCGGUACUUAAUGUUCCUUUACUCUUCUCAUCCACCUGAUGAAUCAGGAGUCGGCGGGGAGAAGAACCUCAUAAUCGACGGUUGCUUUUUCGUUCAGAAUCAGGAGGCUGCGAGUUUCGUGAACCUUCCUCGGACGGCUUGCAUCACGCGCACAGUUUUCGAGCCACAGGCGGUAGGUCUUUGCGCCCUCAAGGUGACGGUGGGAAGUUAUUAUAACCCAAAAAGAAGGCUCAGCUUUCUGAACUGCACGUUUGGCAAGCGCUUGAUCAACGACAACCCACAGGUAGGGCGAGUGGAAUUGCAGUUCGAAUAUAAUAUGUUAGGGUCUUUUUUCGGCUCCUCCUCCCCUUCAUCGCCAGCUUUACCUCCACCGUUAUCGCCGGUCCAUGCCGAUAACCGCACUGCGAAUGCAGCAGGGCCGAAUACCACCGUGUCCUUCAUCAACUGCACUUUCCUCGUAGGGAACUACAGCACCGGGGCUCUCCGUAUAAACAGCAACACUUCCUCGAUCGUGAAUGACAAUUUGGGGCCGGGGCCGGCGCUCAGCUUGCCACGUGAGCACGUCCGACUGUGCGGUGUGCGUUUCGACAAAACCGACUUCCCACUGACAGUGCGAAAGGUUGCCAACAGGACAGAUGUGUUGAUGACGUCAGUUGGAGCGGGUAAUCGCACUCUAGAGGUGCAGAUCUGCAGCUCAGAGUCUUUGGUUGGGAGUGACGACGACGGUCUUCGCCCUCCGACGGUGGAGAGCGAAGGAGAUGUGGUCUUGGUCAUGAAGAAUCUUACGCAGUGUGGCGACUGUUACGACGAGGGCUUGACGAACUGCAAUCUCUCCGUCCUAUGGGAUGGCCGACCGGUCUUCCCGCUGGAUGCAGAGGAGAAUGUCGUCCCAGCUUCGCAGAGGACGGGGGCGUCAAGGGAACGGCGCAAAUCUGUCUGGGUCCUCCCGCUCGCCAUCGCGUUUCCUUUGGUGGCUGUCUUGGCAGCAGCAGCCGGGUGGGGGUUCGGCUGGGCAAGUCCUGGCAGAGAAGUUAUUACCGAACCGAAAACGGCCGCGGACGCACUGCAACGUUUGAUAGUUUUCUCCUUCGAAGAUCUCGCGGAUGCCACGGGGAAUUUCUCGACGGUAAUAGGCGUAGGAGGGAGUGCGUUGGUGUUCAAGGGGACUCUUGGCCGCGGCAGGAGCGGGGAACCGGGGGAAGUCGUUGCGGUGAAGGCUCUGAAGGGAGAUCGCUGGCGAAGCGAGGGAGACUUUCUGCAGGAGGUGUCCGCUCUGGGAGCCAUCGCUCACAGAAACCUGGUUCGUCUCGUCGGCUACUGCUGCGAGGAUCAACGACGCUUCCUCGUUACGGAGUUCGUACCCAACGGAACUCUCCACGACCACCUCCACAGACCGAACGAAGAUCGGGAAGGCCGUCCAUCGUGCCUGGACUGGGGGACAAGAUUGCGCGUCACACUGGAGAUCGCGAGCGCGGUGGAGUACCUUCAUCACGGCCUAAGUCCUCCGCUGGUUCACCGAGAUAUUAAGCCUGCAAACGUCCUCCUGCUCGACGACUUCACACCCAAAGUUAGCGACUUUGGACUCUGUCGCAAGGUCAUCUCGCACAGCGUGGCCUACUUGUCGGGUCGAGCAGGAACGCCGGGCUACAUGGCGCCGGAAGCCAUGUCUGACUCAGAGGAGGGGUUGAUCGCGACAGAGAAGAUGGAUGUUUACAGCUAUGGCGUUUUGCUGCUGGAAGUCAUCACACGAAGGCGUCCUAUUGCGACGGGCAAGUUCUGCCUGGUUCGAUGGGUGAAGAGCAUCCUGAGAGAGGUGAGAGAGGAGGUGCCACUGGGUGAAUCCGACGAAGCGGGCGCGGUCGAGCGUGUUGCACGGCUCAUUGCCGACCCUGAGCUUCGGGGAGCUUUUGACCGCUCCCAAAUGCACGCGAUGGCAGUACUUGCCGGCCGUUGCGUGCAUCACACGGCGAAGCGACGGCCAAGCAUGAGGACUGUGGUACGGGUCCUUGAGAGGAUAGGAGGACAAACAAUGACGACUGACACCCAAACUACAAGGUAUGAGCUGCUGAGUCCUAGUGCGAGGCACGGUAGCCAUAGUCCGAACUAUGAAAGUAGCAACAGCGACAGUGACGACAGCGCUGCAAGCAACAGUCGCUUGCCCUACGAGGAUGCGAUAAUCACCACCUGCCCGGAAGAUUCCUCGCAGUCCAUCCACCCCAGGUGAACCGGGAUGCCUUGCUUUUCUUUUUUUGCUUUUUCGCGAGGCAGCAUUAUUCAGACCAGUUUUGGCCUACCUUAUC